AUGUCUCCGUGGUCGCUGGAACUGGAAAACCUGUGCCCUUCGUCGUUUGAUGUUCCGCCUUUCACUUCGUGGCAUCCAUAUGGACAAAGGUGCGGCAUUGAUGACGGACGGCCAAGUUUAUGGGAUGUGGAUGACGCAGACGACGGAAUUGACAUGAGCGAGUUGCUCUUUGCCAGGGACGAAUGCAACCCUGGGGGACCGUUUGAUGUGGACACCCCCUUGUCGUCCUUUGUGCCUGUACAUUCCUUGCAGAUACGACGAGAGCACUGCGGGCACUUGCGUCGCUUGGAAAAGAUGCCGAUGGUUCCGUCGCACCGGGAGCAAGUCGGCAUCGUGAUGAGUGCGAUGACCGUGCAACUACGGAUAACCUGCCUCGACUCAUCCGGAUAUUUGCUUCUCCGACAAUUGUCAAGUACAGUACGAGAACGAGGACAUUUCCAAUGUGUGAAAUUCACGCAGAGCAGGCAAAGCUUUUCCCAAGAAGUCUCAUUUUGGCAGUCACGGGGGCCGUCGACGUAUCCAACCCGACAUCACACAUGGAUCCGUGCACGACACAGAGUCAAACGACUAGCGAGCACGACAAGACGGCGCGCAAGGUUUGCACAUGAGCUAUAG